AUGGAUGGUGAGUCCUUCACCCUCCCUCUCCGCCCGCUGGUGGAGAAAGGCGGCAAGAAAGACACCCUGCCCGUGCGGAUAGCCCAGAUCAACGCCCAGCGCGGAUCCUUUCGCGACGUCACCGAGGAGAGCUUGCAGGCGGAGAUCGAGGCGCGUAAAGAACGAGGCGCCGAGUUGGAAGAAGAAGAGGAGGAGGAGGAGAAGGAAAAGGCUGUUGAAGAGAAGAAGCCCCCGGAGCUGGACGCUACCGAACGCCAUGAGCUGCUGUACAAACGUCGUGCAGAGAUCAUUCAAUUCGCGGCCCAAGCUCACAUGGAAGCGAUUUUCGCAUUGGACUUCAUUUCCCUCCUCCUGUCGAAACACAUGCCCCGUCAGGCCGAGACGUCCAUAUCUCCUCACUUGAAGCAGAAGGUCCCGCUAGGCUCGCUGAACGUCGACGUCAUCAAGACCCCAGAAAAGUCCGCUUCUGCUCAGCGAGAUACAACUACGGUCGCGCGCGGAUGGAGGCUGGAGAGCUUCAAUGCGGCGGCCAACAAGCUUCUGAAAGCUGCGUCCCGACUCGAGAACGAGGUCGCCGCAGAAACCAAGUACUGGGAGGAGGUGCUAGCAGUGAAGGAGAAAGGUUGGAAAGUGUGCAGACUCCCAAGAGAACGGCAGGCGCUGGGUGUGCAGUACGGGUUUUUGGAAGCUACGCCUACUUUCCGCGACCGAGGCCUCGCGUCCUUGCGGCGAGCCGACGACGGCAGUUUGGUAUUGGACCGGGGUCUGGCACCAUCCCGACCCCGAGUCGUGCGUAUUCGGGUGAAGAAGAACAACCAGGUUACUGGAUGCUCAAAGUUGUCGCAGUUCAUGGCCGCUGCCGACGACUCGAUCGAGAACCGCAUUCUGCGGUCCCGAGAUAUACUGUUUGAGGAGGAACUCUUUCACGAACUUACUCGGGAGGCGCGCAUCCUAGCCAGCUCGGGCGUCACCACACGGCGGAACCUGAUCCAAUUCGAGUUCAGCGAAGGAGAAGAAAUUCUCUUCGAUCUCGUGGACUUGGACGAUGUUCCGGACGAGGCGGACGUCACCUAUCGGACUCCAGAGCACGAUACCCUUGCCGAAGCGGUCGCUCAUGCCGUCCGUAUUCUGCUGUCAUAUGCACACCGACAGAACCUGCAGCGGCGGACGCAGAUUCCGCCUCCCCUGACGACGAAGAAACGACCUGUUCCAGAGUAUCAACUCCUACGACCGAUCCUUGCCUACCUGCAGCACAGCUCGCACGUGCAGUCAUUGCGGUCCUUCUUACGGGAUCUUUACCGGAUUCUCAAGUCAGCGGGCCUCAAAUCCGAGUACACCGCUGCUCCGUUUGCCUCCCUGGAUCUGUUGCGCAAAGAAGGCCAUGCGUCCGCAGUCGAAUCAUUAGUAAAACACUUCCUCGACCCUCUCGAGUCCAGAUUUUCGGGAACCAUGGCCAACCAAACCAGCACCUUUAAUGCCAAAGUCCGCACGAACCUGUCUGGUCCAUCCCUGGGGACGGAAUACGAGUUCUCGAUCCGUCUACCCAACUUCCCCCACACACAGCCGCCAUCACGCGUCGGACUGAAAGACGAGGUCGAGGCGGUAAUACGGCAUCUGAUCACGCUCGAUCUAACGACUUUUAUAUCGUCGAUCUCCAAGAAUGCCUCCAACGCCAAAGCUGCUGCUGCUACUACUCCUACAUCCGAUAAACUGUUGGUGUGGGAGGCGCCAUUCGCUCACCAUGGCGAACUCGUCGCGCUCUCUCCAUCCACCCAACGCACCAAGAAGCUGUCCCUGCAUCUGUCGCGGACCGAACUGACUCUUCGGACGAGCUGGCUCGGAGACGAGUCUGUAGGGGGUGUGGAUGAUGGACAGAGACAGGCGGGCAAGCUGUUGUAUUCGUGGACGCUCGAUGAUGCGGACAAGCCUGGAAGAAAGACGCUGGAGGAGGUGAUUGCGGAAGCAUCCAGAGAUGAGGAGGUCAAAUCAGAGGCAUGA